ACACAAAUUCAAAGUCCUCAAGGAGGAUCAAAUAUCCCGGGUUUCGUUCAGAAGGAGUUCAAGCUUUCCUCCCUUUUCGAUCUCCUCCCAUUAUCAACCCAUCUUUGAUCGUUUGCGGUCCCAUUUUUAGGGUUGAAUACAAUAGAGGGGUUGAUUCUUCUUCUUCUUCUUCUUCUUCUUCUUCAAUUCAUAGGGUUUCAUCUCACCGCUUUUCAUGUCAAGCUAUUUUUUUCUCAGAUCGUAGAUAGAUAAUGUGAAAACUCCACUUUGUUUCCUUCAAGCCGUAACCGAAUAGAAGAUGUCAAGAAACGGGAUUGGGGAUAUCAGUUUCGAUUCCCAGAAUGUUAAACGUUUUGGGCACGAAUACCGAUCCGGCAGGAUUAUAGAUUCGUAUUCGGUGGCCUGCGAGGCAUUUUCUGAACAUUCGUUUCUCUGAUCCCUAAUUUCCUUUCGAAUCCCCUUUUCUCUUGCUUGAUUCUUUGAAAAGUUUGAUUUUUCACUUUUAGUUCACAUGGAUUUGGGGGCAUCGGGGUUUGUUUUUCCUUUGAAAACUAGCAGAACUUUGGAAGCUUCUGAAGGCGAUGUUGCUGAAGUAUCUUCUGACAAUCGAUACAUUCGGUAUAAUGAAAUCUUGGGAAGAGGAGCCUUUAAGAUUGUCUAUAAAGGGUUUGAUGAAUUGGAGGGUAUUGAGGUUGCAUGGAGCCAAGUCAAUAUACAUGAUGCAUUGCAGUGUCCUGCAAAUAUGGAAAGAUUGUAUUCUGAGGUUCACUUGUUGAGAACAUUGAGGCAUGAGAACAUCAUAAAGUCACUUGACUCCUGGGUUGAUGAUCAGAACAAAACUAUUAAUAUCAUCACAGAGUUAUUCACUUCUGGAAGCUUGAGACAGUAUAGAAAAAAACACAAGGUUGCUGACCUAAAGGCCAUCAAGCACUGGGCUAGGCAAAUUCUUAGAGGCUUACAGUAUCUCCACUGUCACAACCCCCCGAUUAUUCACAGAGACCUGAAGUGUGAUAAUAUAUUCAUCAAUGGGAAUCAUGGUGAAGUUAAAAUAGGUGAUCUUGGAUUGGCUACAGUAAUGCAGCAGCCUACUGCAAGAAGUGUAAUUGGAACUCCAGAGUUUAUGGCACCUGAGCUCUAUGAUGAAGAGUACAAUGAACUUGUUGACAUUUAUUCGUUUGGUAUGUGCAUGUUAGAGCUGAUAACACUCGAAUAUCCUUACAGUGAGUGCAGAAACGAAGCACAGAUCUAUAAAAAGGUUUCUAUGGGCAUAAAACCUGCAUCUUUGGAUAAAAUUAAGGAUCCUGAAGUAAAGCAAUUUAUUGAGAAGUGUCUGGUACCAGCAUCUCAGCGUUUAAGUGCCACAGAACUCUUGAAAGAUCCAUUCCUUUCAUCUGCUACCAGUUCCAGCGAUCUCCCUCCUGAAGCUAUGCACGACUCUAAUUUAAUGCCGAAGCCUGAUUCACUCUCAAUGGAUAUAGAUCCCACCACCAGAAAGGUAUCUAGUGUUGCUGGCAUAGAGAGCAUGACUGAAAUUCCUCAAGCUUCUGAGUUCUUGAGAUGCAACGGUAAAAAUGAGUUUCGGCUAAGAGGAGAGAAGUAUGAUGAAAGUUCCAUUUCAUUUAGCUUGCGUAUUACUGACCAUAAGGGCCAGGUGAGGAAUAUCCAUUUCAUGUUUUACCUUGAUCGUGAUACCACUUUCACAAUUGUUGAGGAGAUGGUUGAACAACUUGAGCUGCCAGAUGAAGACGUGACAUUAAUAGCUGACAUGAUUGACUGCUUAGCUUCAAAACUUGUACCGAGUUGGAAACCGUCAUGUGGAAGUUUGGGUGCCAUCAAAAGUCCAAAUGACCAUUCAGUUCCUGCCACUACUGAUUUCAAAAGUCAUGAUGGAUCAAAUAUGUUUUCUGGCCAAGGGUCUACAGAGCAACAGCAGCAGCAGCAACAGCAAUAUGUCUUUUCUCCACAAGCAUCACAUGGAGAGGAUAUCAACAUCGAAGAAUUAUUCAAGGUGAAUAUAUCUUCUUGUGAUGAUGAUGAUGAAGUAUCAGCCACACAUGGUGAGCAUAAGAAAUACUUAACAUCUCAGAAUUCGGAGAUCUCCUCGACUGGGUCAUGGAACACCAUUUCCAAUGAUAUGAAUGGCGUCUGUGUUUCUUCACUCUCCGUGGCAGACGUGGAUAAUGGGAAAGACCAGUGCCAUGAUGAACUCAAGCUGGAAAUUGAGGCCAUUGAGUUGCAUUAUCACCAAUGCUGCCGAGAACUUAUGAGGAUGAGGGAGGAGGCAAUUGAGAAUGCUAAGAGGAAAUGGGUCGCGAAAAAAAUGUGUGCCAUAUGAUAAUAUAAUGCCGCGGGCUGCUUCAAGCUAGUUUGUCAAAUUACUAUACUUUUCUGUGUGGAUUGGUUUAACCAAAUGGAGGAUAUAUUUUUGCUUCCUCCUGAUUAUACAAACGUCUGUUUUCUGUCUGCCCCCAAACCCAAUAACCCCCAUGCUUCCCCAUUUUUCUAUAUACACUCCGAAUUUUAAUUUGUUUAUUAUUUCGUGGCCAAUUAAGUUGACAAUUAGGA